AGAGGCUUCUUCACCUACUACCCACUCCUUGGCUUCACCUACCCAACCCCCAAACUUACAAAAAUGAAAAAUCUCUCCAUUAUGUUAAUUCUAUUGUUUGUGAGCCACUAUUACAAUGAACAACGUCAUCACCUGCAAAGCUGCGGUGGCAUGGGGUCCCGGAGAGGCGCUGGUGAUGGAGGAAGUGGAAGUGAGUCCGCCUCUUCCUUUGGAGAUUCGCAUCAAAGUUGUUUCCACUUCUCUCUGCCGCAGUGACAUCACUGCUUGGGAGUCUCAGGCUCUUUUUCCUAGGAUAUUUGGCCAUGAAGCAUCAGGAAUUGUUGAGAGCAUUGGUGAGCGAGUGACUGAAUUUGUUGAGGGGGAUCAUGUGCUCACGGUCUUCACGGGAGAAUGUCAGACUUGCAGACAAUGUACAUCAGGAAAAAGUAACAUGUGCCAAGUACUGGGUCUCGAAAGGAGAGGUGUUAUGCACAGUGAUCAGAAAACUCGCUUCUCAAUCAAAGGGAAGCACAUUUAUCAUUAUUGUGCAGUUUCAAGUUUCAGUGAAUAUACCAUAGUGCACUCCGGUUGUGCAGUCAAAAUUAGCUCAGCUGCACCUUUGGAGAAAAUAUGCCUCCUGAGUUGUGGAGUUGCUGCAGGUCUGGGUGCAGCUUGGAAUGUUGCUAAUAUUUCUGAAGGAUCAUCAGUAGUGAUAUUUGGCCUUGGAACUGUAGGCCUAUCUGUUUCACAUGGAGCUAAAAUCAGAGGAGCAUCUCAUAUAAUUGGCAUUGACACGAACCCUGAGAAGCAGGAAAAAGCAAAAGCUUUUGGCGUAACACAGUUUAUCAACCCGAAAGACUGCAAUGAACCCAUUCAACAGCUUAUUAAUCGUAUUACCGAUGGAGGGGCAGAUUACUCGUUUGAAUGUACUGGUGACACUGAAAUGAUAACUACAGCGUUACAAUGUUGCUGCAAUGGGUGGGGAUUGACGGUUACUCUUGGUGUACCCAAAGUGAAACCUGAAAUAUCUGCUCAUUAUGGGUUGUUUCUUAGUGGAAGAACAUUGAAGGGAUCUCUAUUUGGAGGAUGGAAACCUAAAUCAGAUCUUCCUUCGCUAGUAGACAUGUAUAUGAAGAAAGAAAUACAGAUUGAUGAAUUCAUCACACACAAUCUGCCAUUCGAAGAUAUUAACGAAGCCUUCAAUCUCAUGAAAGAAGGGAAAUGUAUACGUUCCGUGAUUCACAUGUCAAGAUAGUUCUCUCUUGCUCUUAUUUGAACUUCAACACUUGUUUAGUGCGGGUGAAAAAUGACAUAGAAUUAUGAAUUAUACAUUGAUAGUGUGAACUAAGUUCAUCACGUAAAUUUUCAUUCAAUUACGAUACAUGCCACACUAUCAAUGAAGAAUUGAUAAUUCUAUAUGAUAAAGUAGGUCCAAGGAUUUUUCAAAAACAAGAAAGUUGCUGGUGCACAUGUAUUUUAUUCUUCUUUUGUUGCUUGCUAUGCCAAGCAUCACGAAACUUUGGAAAUUUUCUUCCAUUUUUAUGUUUGUUUAUGAUUGAUUAAUACGUUUGUUUAA